AUGACCGAGCGGCGGUCUUCAUCGAGUCUGCUUGGCAGCCGUUCAGUUGCGUCACCGACCAAUGACGCCUUCUGGCCCCCUGUGUCUGAAGACUGCGGCGUCGCCCCUCAAACAGUUCCAGAACUGCUGACUCUUGGUGUUGGCGGCGUGCAUUUAGGUGGGGGGCAACGCAGUAGCCUUGAACUAGCGUCACGUGACACGGCUAGUCUGGCCUCGGAGGAAGUAGCCGCGGUGAACAUUAGUGCUGAAAGUGGUCAGUAUGGGAGCAGUCCCGUGCAAGUACGCUGUCCGACUACGCCUGAUGAUUCCAGUCUCCAGGUCGAGGACGAUGCGCCUCUGUGUAGCAGUGUAAGUUUUCUGGUGCUCUUUCAGUUUAUUUGGUGA